UGACUGCAUCUUCUGGCGGUCGAAUGGAACCCGACACGAUGAGGCCACAACCGACCAUGGGCGAAGCAGGAGAGGAGUACAGGGCAUCGCCCGAUCGAGCACUGAGGGAUCUGAAGGAACGAAUUAGGCAAGAAGCACCGCUGAGAUGGGUUGACCAAACCAAUGACGGAGGGCCCGACAUGAGAGACGAACCAGUAGCGACAGAGCCGCAGGAGGCUCUAAAGACAGGUACCUCGAACGGACGACGAGAAGCGACGAGGCGGCGCUCCCCCGAGUAUGAGCGGAGGGACACCGUAGCGGACAGGUACAGAGACGACAAGAGAGAGAAUUUGAGGGAUUCCUAUUGGAGGGACAGGGAUAGAGACAAGGCGCCGCCCAGGCGAGUCUUCGACCCCCAGAAAGGGGAGUCACAUUCACUCCCUUACGAGAACAAGGAUCGCUAUAUUAUUACGCACAAGGCCUCAGAGCCUCCUACCUUCAGGGGUUAUGGUAUCACAGAAUAUCUGGAGAAGUGGGAGCUUCACGCCAGCCGGAGUCAGUGGUCGGAGGAAGAGAUUAUAAAGAACUUCCUAUUUAAUGUGAACCCAAGACUUGGUAGGGACGUUAAGGAAGCUCGACCGAAGGAUGGGAAAUGGACUACGUACAAGAAGAACCUCGUCGAGCUUUACAAAUUGGAGGAUAACAAGUAUUUCAUCAAGGACCUUGAAACAAUGACUCAAGAUGAAGAUGAGAGCGUACGGACAUUUGGGAUGCGUUUCCAAAAGAUCUCCGACGUGCUGAUGAAGAAGGGGAAGAUCUCAGAGGUCGAGCGCUGUACUAUCUUCAUCGGACACUUGUCCAAAGGUAGGCAAAAGAGUAUACUUAGAGAUCUUCCGCGCAACAGGCUUGAUUUCCCAGAAGUCCUAAAGCUCGCGAUAAAGGCAGAGGCAGACGAUUACAAGGACUUGGUGUGGAAAGGGAUGAGGAGACGUGAUUUCUCUCUCUACAAGGAGUAUGUCACUGAUAGAUGUCCUGAUUUCAAAGAUUAUCCCUGGUCGGAGAAGAAUGAGGCCGUGGCUGAGGAAGUGAAGGAGAUACGGGACAUGGUGAAGGGAUUAACGAGACAGGUUACAGAGAUUCUGACCGCCACAGGGGUCACAGCCUACCAGGACAAACCUGGAGGGCCCUAUUCACUUCGCUGGGAUCAUAGGAACAACGAUCCCUUGAGCAGUGUCGAGGAUAGGAAUCCUCGGACGCUGACUGAUUAUCGUACGAGGGGAAAAGAGAGAGACGAUGAAUCAUGGCGACGUAGGGACGAUGAGAUAGACCGAGACCGCAGAGAACGCGAGCUGUUUGUGCGAACAAGGAGGCUAGAUGAUUACCAGCGAAGCCCUCGCUAUGAGGCUGAUCGGGAUGGGUCACGCGGACGGUUUGAGCACGGGGGAGAUGCGAGAGAGCAGCGCGACGAGUCGCGGGGAUGGUACAACCGAGGGGACCGAUGCGAUGAGUCACGAGGACGAUAUGACUCGGGGGACCGCCGGAAUGAUUCGCGAGGGCGGUAUGAGCAAGGAGGGUCUGGAGGAGACCGGCGCAACGAUUCGCGCGGACGGAAUAAGAGAGGAGGAUAUGACGUCUCAUCAGAACCAUAUCCUAAGUUGCCUGACCCCAAGGCGGCCAGGAGUUCGAUCUCUAGAGGCGCAGACGACAGGCCAUCUACUCCCAGGAACUCAUGCGUCUACUGUAGAGGAGAAAAUCAUAUCAAGAGGGAUUGCCGGGAUCUCAAACGGGCAAUAGAUGAGGGACUUGUCGUGCUUGACGACCGCAAGUAUGUCAAGUGGGCAGAUGAUCUGGGAGAUGUAUCGAUGUUUCCUUCGAUGAAGGAGAAUGUCGAAGCAAGGAGAAUAAAGACGAGUAAAGGAAUGGAGCCGGUCAGGAGCCAGAGCAUCAAGAUAAUCUUUGAGGGGGAUAUCGCGACCACACCCAUAAGGGUGGCAGCCACCAAGUCGGCAAGAGGGUCUACAUCGAAGAAGACUGACACGGAUUACGUGAUGACGGAGAAGGACGGGCAGCGAGUCUAUGGAGAGGAGGUUAUCCUUUCGCCGCGAAAGAGGGGAGUGAAGAAGUUCUUAAUGAAGAGUUCGCUGGACGAGAUUGACACGGUUGAGCCACUGAGGCGGGCCCUUCGGCAACCAAUGCAGUGUUCUAUUCUGGAGUACCUGGCGGCAUCGAAGCCGGCUCGUGAUGAAUUACAGAUGAUCACGCGGAAGACUCGCAUACCUCUAUCAGAGGAGGGUCAGGGGACCCCUAAAGCGGAAGCUUCUACAAUAGCGGUAACGGGGGUGACUGCCAGAGCGGAUCGCAUGACGACAGUCCUUCUCGAUGGGAUGGAAGGUGUGCCUCCAGACAAGUUUUAUAUACUUGGUAGCGGGGCCGUAGAGACGAUUAUAAACGACGGAGCGAUACUCGAUGCUGUGAUUGAUAACGGCAGUGAGGCUGUCAUCAUAGACGAGGACCUGGCAGUACAAGUUGGACUGGGCCUCGAUAGGUCAUACCUAUUCGAGAUAUAGACGGCUGAUAGGAGAAAGCAACAGAUCACUGGGUUUUGUCACAAGGCAGCCAUAGA